CAGAGGGAGAUGAUCGGUGGAUAGAAUUCUCCUUUCAUUGCGGCUGCCGUGUAAACGCCUACUACCACAACCACAGGCCUUAUCAUCGUCAGGCAUCAGAAACCAAACCAACUUUGUUUAUUUUGGUGGCUCUAACAGGUAGCAGGCGAUGUAGGUGAAACGUUCUGCACUGACAGGUAUGAUUGGAUAUUACCAGCUAAUGCAUGUUUGAACCAACUGAGGAAAAUAUGAAGCCUUUCGUGUCAUAGUUCAACUUUGACCUGAAUGAACCUACAAUUAUAGAUUCAAUUCAAAUGCAAACUCAUCGUUUCCUUGGGAAAUUGGUGUUAGACUCAUAGCCGUUCUUGUUGAGGAAGUCACCCAUUGGAUUCUAUCAAAUGUCACCAUUGUUGCUGUAACGUCAAAAAAUGUUGCAUUGAGUUACUGAAUAUCAACCAGCACUUUAGGAAUCUUGUAAGGAUCAUUAUUCCACAUAUUCCGUUAUUUUAUCAUGGGAGACCACACGGAACUUCUGGCAGAAAUGCCAUCCUUGGAGAAAAUGAGUAUUCAAGAUCGAAUUAAACAUGCUAAAAAACGACGACAACAACAGCUGAAGCGUUACAAUCAGUAUGAGAAAGAUCAAACUAAAAAACUUCGUAAAGGUCUUGCAGAAGAAGAAAUGAAACGAGAACCGAAAAUAUCUUUCAUAGAAAAUGUCACAUUAUUGGAAGCUGCUGCACGGGGAGAUGUAGAGGAAGUUAAGUAUCUGUUAGAAAACGGUCUGGAUCCAAACUUGGGAAAUGAAGAUGGAUUGACAGCUUUACACCAGUCUUGUAUUGACAAUAAUGAGCCGAUGAUGAAGCUGCUGUUAGAACAUGGUGCUGAUGUGAACAUCAUUGAUCGGGAGCUGUGGACGCCGCUGCAUGCUGCCGCCACCUGUGGCCAUAUGCACCUGGCCGAAUACCUAAUUAGUCAGGGAGCUGACCUUCUUGCCAUUAACUCCGAUGGGAAUAUGCCCUAUGACAUCUGUGAGGAUGAUACUACUCUGGAUUAUAUAGAAGGCCAAAUGGCUAAAAGAGGAAUUUCACAAGAACAAAUUGAUGAUUUACGUGAUGUAGUUCCGCGGCAGAUGUUGACCGAUGUUAAACAGCACUAUGAUAAUGGUUUUGAUCUGGAUGCUGCAGACAACACGGGCACAACAUUGCUUCACAUAGCAGCUGCCAACGGUUAUCUGGAUGUAGCUGAAUGGCUGUUGGAGCAUCAUGCCGACGUUAACGCUUUAGAUUCUGACGGUUGGCAGCCGAUCCACGCCGCUGCGUGCUGGGCACAGAGCGAUAUGUUAACACUUCUCGUGAAGUAUGGAGCUGACUUGGAGUCAAAAACAAAAAAUGAUGAAACUCCAGAUGAUAUCUGUGAAGACGAAGACAUCCGAGUCAUCUUGACCCAAUUAAAGAUGGAGCAAGUAGAAGAAAAAGCAAAACGUAGUAAUUUAGUACGGCGAUCAUCAAGUAAAAACAGGAGAAGUGCAUCUGUUCGAAGAAGCAGCAAGAGAGAUAAAGAUAAGAUAAGCCGUCAAGAUGCCAGAGCAGAAGCUGAGUUCAUUCACAUAUUUUCCGAGGAUUUAGAUUCUGAAGAAAUUUCAGCAUUAAGUCCAACAGACGACAACACCACACCUCCUUACCCAAUUACGCAAAAUGGUGUGGGUGAGCCGGAUGAGUCAGGAUCCAGACCAAUGUCUGUCAUUCAAGAAGAGAAUAACGGUGUCGUACAGAUAACUGCGCAGGAGCCCCAGCAGACGCCAUUAGUCAAGAAACCACGCUCAAUCCUCAAGAGACAUGAUGAGUUAGCAAUACUACAUGAGGGUGGCAAACUUAUUACUCUCGACGAAGAUGCAGUUAGAGAAAGAGAACAAAAAGAACGUGAUUUAGAACAUUUAAAAGAGAAAGAAAAGGAGAAUGUACUGAAGAAAGAAAAAGAAAAAGAGGCUUUGAAGAAAUCGAAGGAAGAUGCAAAGAGAGAAAAGAAACGAUUAGAUAAAGAGCACAAAAAAGUUGAACAUGCGAAAUCAAAGAAAGAAAAAGGGAAGCAUAGUCGAUUCAGUUGGGCUGCUUUUGGGUUAUCAAAAUCUGAGAAAUAUCAUCAAGAAAAAUAUAAUAGUGGUAAUCAUGAAACUCUAUCAGAACUUAAAAGGCAGCGAUCAUCGUCACACCCACAAGCUCAUUUCAAACCCACAGAAAAUCCACCCACGACAGAGAAAGAAUCUCAGGAAAUGGAUAAUAAUACGGAAAUAAAUCCAGGACAGAAACGUCGGUGGAGUAGGAAUUUAAACAUCCCCACCGCUAAUAGCAGCGGCAGUUACUCCCUGAAAGACUCAAGCCUUCCACGUAAAGAAUCGCUAACUGACUCAAAUGGUAUAGGUGAACACCACAACUCUGAAUCAACUAAUGCAGCAGAACCCAACGCGGUGGUUAUAACCACAGGAAGUGAUCCCCCGCUGAAGCGGUUCACAGCCAUCGAGCCAGAAGUCAUAGGAGAAAAAAGUGUUUGUUGUAUACUGAUGUGAGUCUGGUCUGUGUGAGACCAUUUUUUAAAUAACAGCAUGAAGAUCUUAUAAAUGAUUAAAUUAUUAUCAUUGAUCUGAAUGAUACAAAGUUUACUGUAUAAGAGCAAAUAUAUGAUAUAUUUCAUGUUUUACCAGAAACAAAACAAUUGAGUUAUAUUUACUGAAUUUGGAAUUAUUGCAAAUGGUCUUUUGCUUGUUUGUAAUUCAUACAGAAAACAUAAAACUUAAAUGCAAGAUAAUGAUUUUUAUUGUUAUUCGUAAGUGCCUCCACUAUGUUGACCUUUAUGUUACAUUGUAUUCAUCAACCAGCCAUAACAUUGUCUCUCUGUUAUUAAUAACUUGUGUAGAGCCAAAAUGUAUAUUGUCAAGCAGAAGGUGUUUUAUAUGUACACGCUACAUUUGCUUAAGAGCUUUGCCUAACACGCUUAAUGGUAUGAAGCAUCACACAUUAUAAAAUGUAUCAGAAUUCAGACUCGUCUUGGAUGCUAUUUUUAAAGAUCAUUUUCAACACAUGAAUAUUUGAUUUUUGUCUAAGAAAAUGUAUCUCGGUGACAUUUCAUUGAAAGUGACCUACAUUCACAAUGAUCAACUACUUUAAAAACAUCACAUCAUUUAAAACAAAUUUAAAUCAUAUAAUUAUGAUAUUAGAUAGGCAAGAAAGAGUUUUAAAAAUUUCAUAUCUAUUAAAUCAAAAGGUAUUAACAAAUUAUAUUUUUUAAAACAUAAUUUUAUAAAUACAAUAGAAAUUAUUGGAUUCAACAUUUUGAAAAAAAAAUGAUUGAAAAGUAGGUUGAAUCACUAUAAAUAUAACAAAUGUGAUGCAUUAAUAUUCUGUACAGAAAUUCACUACAAAUUUUGAAGGGAAACAUUAGUAUAUGUUAAUUACAGUAUAUGAUAUAGGUGUGAUGUACUUACAUGUAAAUUAAUAAAUUAAAUAAGACUUAUAGAUACAGUGGUUAUUUUCAUUUGGAGGAAGUAUAUCGAGGUAAAUCCAUUAUAUUAAAAUGUAAGUAAACUAAGUCAACAUUAAAAAAAUAAAUUUAGUUGUCCAUUGUAUUUUUCUAUAAUACAUAUAAGCAUAAAUAGGUCAUGUAUUUUGUGACAUUUUAUUAUUUUAGUU